AUGGUCUUCUCUACAACCACCAUUCUCGGUGCGAUGCUGGCCAUUGCACCCCUCGCCGCUCAUGCCCACAUUAUCAUGGCAAGCCCGGUUCCAUUCGGCCCCACGGGCUCAUUCCCUAAGCAGGAUCCCCUCAAGGCCGCAGACUUUCCAUGCCAGAACGCACCCUCCACUGGUGCUACGGUUAAUAAUGUGGGUUGCCGUGGCGGAUCUUGUCAGGUCUCUGUGACCAAGGACAAGUCGCCUACCAAGGACAGCGUAUGGAAAGUCAUCCACUCAUGGGAGGGUGGCUGCCCAGACGUGCCUCCCGGUGGUGGCAACUGGUCGCCCGCCGACGCGAAGGCGGUUCGUCCUCCCCUGCCUUUCACCAUCCCUACAGAGCUUCCCAACGGCGAGAUGUCCAUGGCCUGGACCUGGUCCAAUAAGGUCGGCAACCGCGAGUUCUACAUGAACUGUGCUGCUGUCGAGAUCUCUGGCGGAGCCAAGGAUGACACUGCAUUUGACGCACUCCCAGAUAUGGCCGUCAACAUCGAGUGGUUCACUCCUGGUGGUGCUCCCGUCGCUUGGUGGCAGCGCUCCCGCAGCGCCCGCCAACCCAGGCAUUCCUUCUCCCGCCCGUCCCCGCCCAACCCAGUCUUCCCGUCGCCUGUCGCCCCGAUCAACUCAAUGGCUUCAGGCAGCAUGGGCGCCCCGGCCGCUUCAGUCUCCCCCGCCCCCUCGGCAGCCAGCGGCGCGCAGACGUCUACUCUCCGCACCAUUAUCACGGUGACUGCACCCCAGGGCGCGUCUCCCACUGGCAUGGCUCCAGUCUCACCUCCAGCAUCUGGAGCCGCUCCUCCUUCGGCCCCAGCAUCCCCAUCCCAGGCCCCCGGUGCGCCUGCCUCCGCGUGCUCGCCCGACGGCGCAGUCAUCUGCAGCCCCGACGGCAAGCAGUUCGCGCUAUGCAACCACGGCAAGGCGAUUUUCCAGGCCGUCGCUGGCGGCGACUACUUGCUCAGAUGGCAAGAUUGCUCGGCGCCAGGACCCUUCUACCAUGCGGACUGUGUACGCUUAGAUGGAUGUGUUGGUGAGAUUAGCUUGAUUUGA